AUGGCCAGACAGGACACUCCCCUCUUCCUCCAUGGCUUCGACCUCAGUGGCCACUUUGUUGACCUUCGACCUCUCGGCACAGGUGUCACUGGCCUAGUGCUCUCAGCUGUGGACCAGCGCAAUGGACAGCGUGUGGCAAUUAAAAAGCUGGUGAUGCGUGACAUGGUGACGGUGAAACAUGCCCUGCGGGAGGUGAAAAUCACCCAUCGGCUGCACCAUGAAAACGUGGUCCAGGUUCAUGAGGUUUUGGCGCCAUAUGGACGGCCGCUGCCCCGAGACCCAGCCCAGCUCAGUGCCCUGUACAUUGUGCAGGAGUGCAUGGAAACAGAUAUGGCUCGGCUGCUGGAACAAGGACCUCUACCCACAGGUCACGCUACUCUGCUGUUCUACCAGCUGCUGAGGGGACUAAAGUUCAUCCACUCAGCUAAUGUCCUGCACAGAGACCUAAAGCCUGCCAACAUAUUCAUCAACACAGACCAACUGCUGCUCAAGAUUGGAGACUUUGGGCUGGCCAGGAUAGUCGACCCUCACUAUUCUCAUAAGGGCUAUCUGUCCGAGGGUCUCGUAACUAAGUGGUAUUGUUCCCCCCGUCUGCUCCUGUCCCCCAACAACUACACCAAGGCCAUUGACAUGUGGGCCGCAGGCUGCAUACUGGUUGAGAUGCUCACUGGACGCAUGCUGUUUGCAGGAGCUCAUGAGCUGGAGCAGAUGCAGCUGAUUCUCGACUCAGUGCCGGUGCUGAGAGAGGAGGACAGGCAGGACCUGCUACAGGUGAUGCCUUCAUAUAUCAGUCAUGGAUGGAGAGUCAAGAAACCCUUCUCUGUCUUGCUGCCUGAAGUGGAUUCUCAGGCUGUGGACUUCCUUGAGCGUAUCUUGACCUUUAACCCCAUGGAUCGGCUGACAGCUGAAGCAGCGCUGACCCACCCCUUCCUCCAGCAAUACUCCUGUCCAGCAGAUGAGCCCACCUCCUUGCAUCCCUUCCACAUCGAGGACGAACUGGAGGACAGCCUCAUCACCGAGCAGAGCCUCAGCAACAGCAACAGUCAGGCCUCCAGCAUCCACUGGGACAGGUAUGAGAACAGUUUAUCAACAGAUGUGUGCUGGCAGCAGUCAGGCGGGAUGUGCCGCUGCAUGCCCCAUGGUCGCAUUACGUCUGACCUGGGAGACACGACAGAGGAAGAGGAGGUGCAGAGAGACCCCCGAGCCAGUUCCACUUCACUGUUAGAGGAGGCUCAGGUUGACCCACGCAAAUAUUCCCACAGCAGCUCAGCUGAGCGCUUCCUGGAAAACUCUCACUCGUCUCUGGAACGAGUCUGUGGUUUGGGAUAUGGGGACCUGGAUUGUGGCCGCUCCUGUGACUACAAAGUGGGCUCUCCUUCAUAUCUGGAUAAAAUUGCCUGGAGGGAGGGCAAGCCUCAACACUACUCAGAGCCUAAGCUAAUCCUGGAUCUGUCUCAUUGGAAGCGUAACACUAACAUCCUUCCUGUGCCUGCUGAGCCUAUUGGAAGCAGUGUGGAGGACCUGGGAGAGAUGAAAGUGGAGGAAGCAGAAGAGGAGGAGACAGGGGAUUUAUUCCAGGAGAUCUCUCGCUGGGUGAAGAGCACUCAGUCUCGUCUGCACUCACCCAGUCCCAGUCCCUCUUUAGAGCCACGUUCACCCUCCUGCUACACCUCCUCUCCCCCUCUUCCUCUCUCCCCGACUGACCUCCCAGCCCCAGUCUUCCACUACACAGAAGUUGUGCAGCAACCAUCAGCCGAAUAUGAUGAAUACAGACUCAGCCCACUUCCACCUGUUACAUCUUCCUCUAAUUCCCUUCCCUCACUUCUCCCCUCAUCUCCCACCUCUCCACUUCCUCCUCAUUCACCUCGAGCAGUUUCUCCCCCCACCUUGCCACUUUUUCAUCCCCCAGAAUCUCAGCCCCUUUCCUCUACUUCCUCUAUUUCUCAGCCAGUAAAUGAUGACUCCUUGGAGUCACUUCCUGUCAAGCAAAAAGACCGGCUUUUCGACCUGGAUGUGUUCAUAUCCCGAGCACUGAAACUGUGCAGGCAGAAUAAAGAGAAAGCAGACGGGAAGAGAGGUAAAGAGGGAGGGUGGAGGGAAGAAAGCAAACAGCCAAACAUUAACCGAAAGGUGCCCCGGCUUCCAGAGCACAGGACCCCACCACCACAGACACCUAACUCUUGA